UCCAAUGCGUCUAAAAAUAGGCACGUGUAACUAACUACUUGAACCGCUGAAACCUUGUUGUCCUGAUAUGAACGAGAUGGCUUGAUGACUAGCGUUUCUUGCUUGUUAAUGAUAUUGCAUAAAGCCAACAUUAUAAACUGCUUGAUUGGAUAAUAGUUGUUCAGUUUACUGAUAUUGGUGUAGAGCGAUGGGUUGCAAGUGCAAAUUAACUGCGGUGCUGAUUCUAAUCGGCGCUGCCUACGUGUACAUCAAGCUGAAAAGGGCCCCCUUAGAGGUGCCGGUUAUCGAGGAGAAAUGGUGGGCCACAGGCCCUCCUAGAGAGGAAGACCCCACCGUCCGGCCCUUUAAAAUCAAUGUGCCCAAAGAGGUUAUCGCCGACUUGAAAAGACGCUUGGACACGGCGCUGCCCUUGCAGCCUCCCCUGGAGGGUGUCAACCAAAACUACGGCAUCAAUGGGGAGCUGUUGGGCAACAUAGUCGACCAUUGGAAAACCAAAUACGACUGGAACAAGCAGCAGGAAUUCCUCAAUCAGUUUCCGCAGUUCCAGACCAAAAUCCAGGGCCUGAACAUUCAUUUCAUCCACGCUAAGCCGAAGACUGUUCCGCAAGGAGUGGAGGUUUUGCCCUUGCUCCUGAUUCAUGGCUGGCCUGGCUCAGUCAGGGAGUUUUACGAGAUCAUCCCCAUUCUAACUACGCCACAAAAAGGUAGGAACUUCGUGUUUGAGGUGAUCGCGCCUUCUUUACCUGGCUAUGGAUUCUCCGACGCGGCCGUCAGGCCUGGACUGAACCAGGCUCAAAUCGCGCAGCUCUUCAACAAGCUGAUGAAGAGGCUCAAGUUCGACCGAUUCUAUGCACAAGGAGGCGAUUGGGGCUCCGCCGUAUCGCACGACAUGGCCAUUCUGUACCCAGAGAAUGUGAUUGCACUCCACCGGAACUUCUGUUUUGCAUAUGAAAUCACCAACUGGAAGGCCUACGUUGGCAUGUACUUCCCCUCGUUGUUCUUCAGCGAAAAGGAAGCAGCCAAAAUCUACCCCUUGUCUGAUGCCUUCAACUUCAUCAUGCUGGAAUCCGGGUACUUACACAUCCAGGCCACCAAACCCGACACAGUUGGCGUGGCGCUUAGAGAGAGCCCCGUGGGCCUGGCGGCCUACAUCAUUGAAAAAUUCAUCACCUGGACGGAUCCGCAGUGGAAAGACUUGCCCGAUGGGGGGUUGACGCAAAAAUACACCUACGACAAGCUGUUGGAUAAUGUCAUGAUCUACUGGGUGACCAGAUCGAUCACAACGUCCGCUCGCCUGUACGCUGAGGCCAACUCCAAGUCCUAUAGGAGUUUGCCCUUGGACAAAUUGCCGAUUAACGUGCCCGCUGGGUGCAUCCGGUUCAGCAACGAGUUGCUCUACUCCUCGGAGGUCCUUUUGAGGGAACAGCACCCCAACUUGAUCCAUCUGAGCGAUGCCGAGGGAGGUCAUUUCGCCGCUUUGGAGGUGCCCGAAGUGCUUGCCCAGGACAUCAUCGAGUUUGUUGGAAAGGUCAGGACGUUGCCGCCAAAAACAAACAGCAAAGAACUGUGAUCAGGAGCAUUUGUCUAGACUGGAAUAUUUACACAGUAAAUGGGUUGUUUUUUA